CGUCACGUGCUUGACGUCACACACGGGGGUGAAGCAAUGAUUGGCUAAUGUGUGCGUGUCCAUGCCAGCGCGUCAUCCAGUUGCAGAAAGCCGGAACAAGCUUAGUGCCAGCUGAGGUAUCUGCCUACUGAGCAGUCUCAGGGGUUAACAUCUGCCGGCGCGGUACAGGAGUUGACAGGCCUUGGCAUCGCUUUCCUAUUGUGGCUUUCUAGGAUGUAUUUACUUCGUCUGUAGGAGGCUUCCUUAGUCCUCCCGUGCUUGGUAUGGGCUGCCCAGUAGUAGAGCCCCGCCGCUGGGGUGACAUGUGGCUGGUGGUGGCCUUCUGUCUGCUGGGACAGGGACAUGCUGCUGUGACCAAGGAGGAGAAGGCUCAUUUACGGAUUCAAGUGCUGGAGAUGUUCGAUCAUGCAUAUGGAAGUUAUAUGCAACACGCUUACCCAGCUGAUGAACUCAUGCCUUUAACCUGCCGUGGAAGGAUACGUGGCCAGGAACCAAGCAGAGGGGAUGUUGAUGACGCUUUGGGAAAAUUUUCGUUAACGUUAAUUGACACAUUGGACACUCUUGUGGUGUUGAACAAAACCAAGGAGUUUGAAGAUGCAGUCCAAAAAGUGAUAACUGAUGUCAAUUUAGGCAAUGAUAUAGUGGUGUCUGUCUUUGAGACAAAUAUCCGAGUCUUGGGUGGCCUCCUUGGUGGACACUCCGUUGCCAUCAUGCUGAAAGAAAAUGGGGAUCGUAUGCAGUGGUACAAUGAUGAACUCUUGCACAUGGCUAAGGAGCUUGGCUAUAAGCUCCUUCCAGCGUUCAACACUACCAGUGGCCUUCCCUACCCCAGAAUUAACUUAAAAUUUGGCAUCAGAAGCCCAGAGGCUCGGACGGGGACAGAGACUGAUACAUGUACUGCUUGUGCAGGAACAAUGAUCUUGGAAUUCGCUGCACUGAGCCGCUUUACUGGAAUAUCAGUAUUUGAGGAACAUGCUCGGAAAGCCUUAGAUUUUCUCUGGGAGAAGAGGCAACGCAGCAGUAACCUGGUCGGUGUGACAAUUAAUAUCCAUACAGGGGACUGGGUACGCAAAGACAGCGGAGUGGGAGCAGGAAUAGAUUCUUACUAUGAAUAUUUACUGAAGGCCUAUGUUCUCCUGGGGGAUGACAGCUAUCUGGAAAGAUUCAAUACACACUAUGAUGCCAUUAUGCGAUAUAUUAGCCAGCCUCCACUCCUGCUUGAUGUACAUAUCCACAAACCAAUGCUUACAGCACGGACAUGGAUGGACUCGCUACUUGCAUUUUUUCCUGGUCUCCAGGUGUUAAAGGGGGAUAUCAGGCCUGCAAUUGAGACUCAUGAGAUGCUUUACCAAGUGAUAAAAAAGCACAAUUUCCUGCCAGAGGCCUUCACAACUGAUUUCAGGGUUCACUGGGCCCAGCACCCUUUGAGACCAGAAUUUGCUGAAAGUACUUAUUUUCUCUAUAAAGCCACUGGUGACCCUUACUACCUCGAAGUGGGAAAAACUCUGAUAGAUAAUCUGAAUAAAUAUGCUCGGGUGCCAUGUGGAUUUGCUGCUGUUAAAGAUGUGCGAACCGGAAGCCAUGAAGACCGAAUGGAUUCCUUUUUCUUGGCAGAGAUGUUUAAGUAUCUCUAUUUGCUGUUCUCAGAAAGGGAAGAUCUCAUAUUUGAUAUAGAAGAUUAUAUAUUCACUACAGAAGCCCAUCUCCUACCUCUCUCUCUUUCCACUGCAAGUCAGAGCAGCACAAAGAAAAACACAACCACUCCGUACACUGAACUAGAUGAUAGUAACUUUGAUUGGUCCUGCCCAAACUCCCAGAUCCUCUUCCGUAAUGAUCCAAUGUACGCACAGAAUAUUCGGGAACCUGUGAAAAAUGUUGUUGAUAAGAACUGCCCUCGGAGCCCUUCUCGUCUGGAUGACGUUUCUGGAAGUGGUAAUAGGCCACUGCUGCGGGCUCGGGAUUUUAUGGCCACUAAUUCAGAGCAUUUAGAGAUCCUGAAAAAGAUGGGCGUGAGUCUGAUUCACCUCAAGGAUGGCCGUGUUCAGUUGGUCCAACAUGCCAACCAAGCUGCAAGCUCUAUUGAUGCUGAGGAUGGCCUUCGGUUUAUGCAAGAAAUGAUUGAGCUUUCUAGCCAACAGCAGAAAGAGCAGCAGCUGCCUCCCCGUGCCGUGCAGAUUGUGUCACACCCGUUUUAUGGCAGAGUCGUAUUAACUGCGGGACCAGCUCAGUUUGGAAUGGACCUUUCUAAACAUUUAGCAGGGGCACAAGGCUUGGUAACUAGAGCUGAGCCAUACAGUGGCUGCUCUGAUAUCACCAAUGCACAGGCAAUACAAGGCAAAAUUGCACUGAUGCAGAGAGGUCAGUGUAUGUUUGCUGAGAAGGCGCGCAAUGUGCAGAAAGCUGGGGCCAUUGGAGGAAUUGUUAUAGACGACAAUGAAAGUAGCAGCAGUGACACUGCCCCACUCUUCCAAAUGGCUGGAGAUGGGAAGAACACAGAUGACAUUACCAUCCCCAUGUUGUUCCUCUUCAGUAAGGAAGGAAAUAUCAUUCUUGAUGCAAUUCGUGAAUACCUGCAGGUGGAGGUUCUACUUUCAGAUAAAGCCAGAGACCGAGCAACCAUUUUUAAAGAUUUAGAAAGUGAAAGUGGAGAACAUAAGCCAGUGGAAAAUGAUUCCCAGAAACAGGCAUUGGACGAUCUUUUUAUGACCCCAGAAGAAAUUUCAGAACUUAUUCUAGUGCAUAAGAAAAAAAUGUCUGUUUCUCAGCCAGAGGUGCCAAGUUCUGACUCGCCAUCUGGUGGUGACCGAGCUUCAGAAAGUGACAUUAAACCAGCAAGUCAUGAACAUACGACUGAAGAGUCUGCACACAGCCCUAAAGACAAUUUUCAGACCCCACCAGAAAACUCUAAAGACCCCACAGAGGAGAAACGGGAAGAUGUUCGGCCAAUGGAGUCGGUAUUGGCCAACUGGAAAGAGGACAUUGAGGCCUUUGAAAUGAUGGAGAAGGAUGAACUAUGACCAAACGUUUUUGUUUUUUUUAUAAAGACUCCAUCUGUUCUUCUCUACCACGUAAAGGCGUCCAGCCCUUUCUGAAAGGUUUACACACUUCAUGAACAGCAUUUGUGAAGGAUAAUAUUUAACAACGUUUGCUGUACAUUUGCAGCGGUUCCACAACACCCAAGGCAUGUCUGUCUCCUUAUGUUUUCUUGGAUCCCGUGUGGAAUGUUAGUAGAAAAUAGGAACAAAUAUAUCAAUUCUAUUUUUCUCGAGUCUCUAUGAAGAACAUCUUGAGGUUAGGGAGGCGAAUGCCCUAGAGAUUCUCCAAAUUUAUCAACAUUAAUACUCUAAAAAAUGAGGUAAAAUAGUUUAUUUAUUGAAUCGGGUUCAAAUUAUUUUUUAGUUAGAAGAUCUUAAUAGAUCAACAUCCGACUUCCUGGUCACGGUCGAGAAAUGUUUUUGAGUCAUUCUUUAGU